AUGGCUGAGUCGGGGGGCCUGAGCGGGAGGGGCCAGGACACAGCUGCUUCCUCUGCCCAGGCUGGGCACAACGGAUCACCAGGACUUGGCACCAUCUCCUGGACGGCCCCCCUGGCCUGGCUGGAACAGGUCCUGCCCUCUUCGCCCAUGCUCGCUGACCUCCGCCGCAGCCUCCCAAUCGUGGCCUUCCAGCAGGAGAAGGGGAACCCCCUGACCCCCAAGCCCAGGGCCACCGCCUCCAUUCUCCCAGGGUCUGAUGGAAGCCUCUGCAUGCAGCAGAAGGACCCAGCCUUGCCACAGGAUCAGUGCACCAGCACGCCUAUCUCCGUGGCAUCCGCAGGAGUCUGGGCAUCCCCUGUGAGCUGCCAGGACUCCGGGCCAAAGAUGCCCUUGGAGCAGGGCCCUGAUCCUCUUGAGCAGGUCGGGCCGAUCACCUCCCCCUUCUUGGCUGCUCCAGGCUGCCCAGAGGCCGAUGCCACUGCUUCCCCAGAAGGGCAGGACUCACCUGCCUUGUGCCUGGACCCGGGCACUGCCCAUGUCUCCCCUGUGAGCUGUAGGUGCCACAGCCUCUGGGGCUCUCCUCUGAGUCUCCUGGAUGAUGGACUGAACGUGUCCCUGGCAGGGAAGGCACCCUCUUGGCAAGGGGCAAAAGGGGUGAGCGCCAACCCUUCUUGUCUGGCGUGUGCCCAGGUCUGCACACCCCUCAGCAGCCUGCCAGCAGUCUCACAGCAAGAUCAGGGCACCAGCAUCACCCCCCUCUCCGUGGCAUCUGUGGCUGCCUGGACCUCCCAGCUGAGCCUCCGGGAAGCUGGAGUUAAUACCUCCCCUGCAGAGAAGGCCACCACCGACAGCACAGCCGAGACCGACUCCCUGCUUUGGCACUGCUCCCGGGAUCAGCUGAGCCACCUGUCCCGGGCAGAGCUGGAGGGGCGCCUGGAGAGCACCCUCAUCAUCAUGGAAGCCCUCUCGCGCCAGAUCCGGGCUGGCCAGGAGCUCUGGCGACCAGCAGCCCAGCUAGGGCCAGCGGAACAGAGAGACGCAGCCACCCAGACCCCCGCCUCUGAGUCCAGGGAGGAGGAGCAAGUCUAUUGCGACUUGUACGUGGAGCUCAGGCAGCGGUUCUGGUCCCUGCAGCAGAGCCAGAAGAGCCGGCAGAAGCUGGCCCAGCGGCUGGAAAGCGCCAGCGAGGAGAUGGCGACAUGGUCUUCUGAAUCCAGGAGGCUCCAGGCCAUGGUGGAGGCCUCCUUCCUGCGCCUUCAGGAGGACCGGCAGUCCCUCUGCCAGCAGCAGAAGCAAGCGGGCAGCCUGCUCUCCCAGUGCAGGGCCCAGCUGCAGCGGUGGGGCCAGAAGCACGGCGAGAUGGCGCGUGGGCUGGAGGCGGCCCUGAAGGCAAAGGACGCGGCCAACCUGGUCCAGGAGUCGGUGCAGGCCCGUGCUGCUGCCCAGAUCCGGACACUGGAGCUGAGCGCCGAGUCCCGGCGGUCCUUGUGGGCCCUGCUGCAGGAGGCGAAGAGGCUCAAGGCUGAUCUCUGUUCCGGGUACACCAAGCACGUGGAGGACGGGGACCGCCUUGCUGCAGCCCUGCAGGCCGACUGGGCCCAGAUGCGGCUCGACUACGAGGGCUGCCGGAGCACGAUCGCCAAGUGCCUCACCGUGGCCCGGAGGAUGGAGAAGGAGGUGGAGGCCGCCCGCUGCGAGGGCGCCCGGCACCAAGAGGCAAGGCUCUUUCCCUGGUGGGGCUGGCAGAGCAGGGGGGGGCCUCCUGAUUCAGCCCCCUCUUCCAAGACCCGUUGA